CGGUAUUUUCUUUCCGGUUGUUGGUGCUUGCCGGCUCCUCCCCGCGUGGGCCCUGCGCCCGCCGCCCCCCGCGGCCCCCCGCCGCCGGGCCCGCUGCCAUCAUGAAGAAAUUCUUCCAGGAGAUCAAGGCCGACAUCAAGUUCAAGAGCGCGGGGCCCGGUCAGAAGCUCACGGAGUCGGCGGGGGAGAAGGCCCCCAAGGAAAGACCCAACCCGCCGGCGCUCCGGCAGCCCCGCCAGGGCCCCACGGAUGAGGCGCAGAUGGCGGCCGCUGCGGCCCUGGCCCGGCUCGAGCAGAAGCAGCCCCGGGCCCGGGGCCCCACGUCGCAGGACUCCAUCCGGAACCAGGUGAGAAAGGAGCUUCGAGCCGAAGCCACCGUCAGCGGGAGCACGGAGGCCCCGGGGACCAACGUGGCGCCAGAGCCCAGAGAGGAAGGCUCGGCGCACCUGGCGGUGCCUGGGGUGUACUUCACCUGCCCGCUCACGGGGGCCACCCUGCGCAAGGACCAGCGCGACGCCCGCGUCAGAGAAGCCAUUCUCUCGCACUUCUCCACCGACCCCGUGGCUGCCUCCAUCAUGAAGAUCCACACGUUCAACAAGGACCGAGACAAGGUGAAGCUGGGCGUGGACACCAUCGCCAAGUACCUGGACAACAUCCACCUGCACCCCGAGGAGGAGAAGUACCGGAAGAUCAAGCUGCAGAACAAGGUGUUCCAGGAGCGCAUUAACUGCCUGGAAGGGACCCACGAGUUUUUCGAGGCCAUCGGCUUCCAGAAGGCGCUGCUCCCGGUUCCUGAUCAGGAGGGCCCGGAAGAGUUCUACGUGCUGAGCGUGGCCGCCCUGGCCCAGCCGCAGAGCCUGGAGCGCCACAAGGAGCAGCUGCUGCGCGCCGAGCCGGUGCGCGCCACGCUGGCCCGCCAGCGCCGGGUCUUCCGGCCCUCGCCCAUGGCCUCGCAGUUCGACCUGCCCGGGGACUUCUUCAACCUCACGGCCGACGAGCUGCGGCGGGAGCAGAGGCUGCGGGCCGAGGCCGUGGAGCGGCUGAGCGUGCUGCGGACCAAGGCCAUGCGGGAGAAGGAGGAGCAGAGGGAGAUGCGCAGAUACACCUACACGCUGCUGCGCGUGCGCUUCCCCGACGGCUGCCUCCUCCAGGGGACCUUCUACGCCCGUGAGCGGGUGGCGGCGCUGUACGGGUUCGUCCGGGAGGCCUUGCAGAGCGACUGGCUGCCGUUCGAGCUGCUGGCCUCAGGCGGGCAGAAGCUGUCGGAGGACGAGAACCUGGCCUUCAACGAGUGCGGGCUGGUGCCCUCAGCCCUCCUGACCUUCUCGUGGGACGCGGCUGUGCUGGAGGACAUCCGGGCCGCGGGCGCCGAGCUGGACUCAUCCAUCCUGAAGCCCGAGCUCCUGGCGGCCAUCGAGAAGCUCUCUUGAAAUAAAAGCAGGGUUGGCUCCA